UGCAAGAUACUAUUCAAUCAAAAAAAUUUUCCUUUAUAAAAGUUUUCUAUUAAUGUAUUGUGCAAAAGUUCUGAUAAUAUGAUUAAAUGAUAUGUUCGAGAAAUUGGAUAAUAAAUUAGUAAAGUGCAACUCAUAAAUUAUAAUAAACUAUUAUGUCUCAAAAAAGUAAAGUGAUACAAUUGUAUAAAACGCUUUUGUAUAUGGGACAUGAUUAUCCAAAAGGUUAUGAAUAUUUUAGAACAAGGUUAAGAAAAGCUUUUAAUAAAAAUAAAGAAGAACGUAAUCCCGAGAAAAUUGAUAAAAUGAUAGAACAUGGGAAUUAUGUUAUAAAAGACAUGGCUGUAUGUGUGGCUGUUAUUGGAAAAGAUAAUUCUCCUAAGUAUAUCAAAUGUGUCGAUGAAGCUCUUGCUUUACAAUUUCAUUACAAAGUGCAUACAUCUAUUGAUAUUAUAGAAGAAAAGUUGAACAUAGGAAACAAGACAGCAGUUGAUAUCCGUGAUUUAUAUUUAGGUUUGUUACUUACCACAGAAGAGUUUAAAAUCUAUGGUUAUGCUACGAAUACAAAGAUUAAAUUUGUGAUAGUAUUACAAUCAUCCAACAUAUCAUUUCGAGAUAAUGAAGUAAAAAUGAUAUUUAAAAAACUACAUACUGCCUAUUCCAAUGCAGUCUGUAAUCCAUUUUAUGUGCCAGGCAGUUCAAUUAAUUCGAAGUCAUUUGAUUCAUCUGUGACAGAGAUAAUGGGAAUUAUAUAAAUUCAUAUCUUUUACUGAAAAUUACUUUAGCAAUGCUAUUGAUUAAUUUUUUUGACUUUUAUCCAUAAAUAAGUAAUAUAUAAUAUAAUAGUAUAUUAUAAUUUUCUAAAGUAAAGAGGAUUAUUAUAAGAUAAUGUUAAACAGGAUAUCUUUUAUUUGUAAAUUCAAUUGAGCUGUAUCAUACACAAAUUGGUAGAUCAUUUUUUUAUAUUUGUAUAAUAUAAUUUGAUUAUGAGAUGAAUGAAUGAAAUGAAUGAUUGUGAGAGUAGUACAUUGAAGUUGGUUACUCAAUGUUGUUACCUCGAAUAUAUUAACUACUUGUAAAAAAAUAGCAGUGAUAUAACAAAUUUAUUAUAUAAUUAUAUCCAGACAUACAACAUUAAGUAAACAACCAUUCAAAUGAUAACAAAAAUAACAUGUAGGCUAUUAUACAUUCUAUUGUCAUCAUUGUAGUGAAUAUCAUAUAACAUUUUAUAAAAUAUUUCUAUCAAAAUAUAACUGUACUUCAAUUAGAAAGUUAAAGCUUAUUUUUAUCAUUAUUUUAUAUUAUUACAAGUAUAAUUGAAAUGAUAUGAAAUAAUUUAAAUUAAAGACUAAUAGUAAUAUUUGUAGUAUUUACUACAGUACAUUUUUUACUGAUUAGUAUCAAUGUUAAAUAAAAUCAUUAUUUUUACAUGCAACAGAUUUUUUUAUAAUCUGACAAUUACAAUUAAUGCUCAAAAUAAAUUAUCAGUUAUAUUUAUGAUUGAUAUAUCAAAUCUAUCAAAUAAUAGUACAAAAAUAAAAUAAAAUUUGCAUGUGACGUUUUUUGUGUAAUGAAUACAAUAAUUCACUAUUAUGUUGCUAUUACAGUGUAAGAAGCAUCGAUGAUCGCUCUGUACGUUGUAAAAAGGAUGGUCUUGACCAUAAUAUUUGAUUUUUGUCACACAAUAAGGGUGUACUUUCUGAACAUCUUGCAUUCUGUGAAUAACCACCAUUGCUGCCACUGUUAUUACAUUUGAUAUUGAACAUUCCUUUAGAUCCAUAUUCACUCUGUAUGUAUGAACACUUCUUUAUCCUUGUUUUAUCUUUAUGUAGUCCAUAAUCAGGUGGAGUAGUUACAAAAUAUGAUGAUAGAAGUAUAGCCUUUGUCAUCCCUAUUGAUAAUAAAAGCCUAUUGGAAUAUAAAUGCAUACACUUUUGGUUCAAUAUGAUAUAAGAAAAUAAAAAUAAAAAAUAUAUAUUCAUAUUUCAAGUGCAAGAUAUUUGUCUAUAAUGGCAAAUAGAAGUAGCAUAUCUAUGAAAUAUUUCAUGCAUUUAGUUUUCACAUACAUGUUAAUUAUCUUCAUACUGUUACUUUAAUUAAAACAGUGCUAGUUUUGUAUAUUAAAAAAAUAUUGUGCCUUUAAAUAUAAAGUAAUAAUACUUUUUGAAGCAACAGUGUAUGCUAUGCUAAAAUACUUCAGUUAAGAUCAACAAUGAUACUGUGCACGAAUUUCUAAUUAUAAAUCAACUAAUUAUUAAUUAACUAAUUAAAUUAACAAAUAAACAAACAAUCGGAUACAAUAUAAUAAAUAAGCAUAAUUGAAGGAUAGCAUUUUGUAUGCAUAUGGUUUCAUAAUUUAUGUGGAUGAUAAGUUCAGAAAUAUUGACAAUACAUCUAUCACAGUUACUGUUAAAAUACAUGGAUUGCAAACUGAUAAUACUCUGAGUAAUUAUAUAAAAGAUAUGAUUAAAAUUUGAACUAAUUUACUAAUUAUAAUUUAGAAGUGAUUAAAAUAAAACUAAUUUGCUUAACAAUUCUACUACGCUUAGAUUACGCGAUAACGAUUAAUUGACGUUACUCCCUAUGCUCUCUAUUGAAAACAUUAGUAUUUAAUUACUUUUUACAUACGUCAGCUUUUAAACAUUAUUAAAUUAUUUUUGAUAAGCGAGAGUUUUGAUAAGCAACAGAGAAAUACUAUAUUUUUGCACAGAAUAAUAUAUCUAUAAAAUGCCUCAUUACUUGUUACGCCGAAUACCGUUGAUUUGAUAAUACAUGAAUAUCUGUUUUACCGACCAUUUUGGCAAGUUGAUUUUGCCGUUGGUUCUUCGGUAAUUGAAUCAGCAUCGUUUUCAGUAUCUUUUUCCUUAACACAUUUUAUUAAAAACAUAGUCAAUGCCCCAAUUAUUGGCGGUACUCCAGCCAAUAAGAAAGGCAAAUCGUAAGAACCUGUAGAACAAAAUAAAAUGCGUUAAUACGCUAAUGAAUGAUUAAUAAUAAAAUAUCGUUUUAAAAAUAAAGAAUAAAUUAAUUUACCGGUAUGAUCGUAUAAAAGACCAGCGAUUGGUGGUCCUACUGUCAAAGGUAUAGAACACAUUCCUAAUAAAAAUCCAAUUGCUUGAGUUGCACCCUCGCGACCACAAAUGUCAAAAGCAAUUGGACCUAAUAGCGAUAUGAAACAUCCAUCGAAUAAUCCCAUACUCAAAGAAAUGAGUAGUAAAAUAUUAAAAGAUGGUGUUACCGUGAGUAACAUCGUGAGGAUACCAAUGCUUAAAAAUGAUAUCUAAAUAAAUAGAAAUUGUUUUGUCAUUGCUAUCUUUUAUCUAUGUAUAUAUUAUUCAUGGUGCAAUGAUAGUAAAGUAUUAUACCUGUUGCAGUAAUAUUCUGUUUACUUUAGGCAAAUCAGCAAUAUAACCAAAUAUUAAUCGACCUAUUCCAGAUGUAAUGCCAAUACACAUGACCGGUAAUUUCCCGUCUGAAUCUUUAAAUGUGGUUGCUACGAAUUUUCCGAUAUGUACGUACGGUACAAAAUAUCUAAAAAAUAUAUAAGGUAUUAGAAAAAAUUUUUCGAUAUAUUAGAUAAUUAUCUAAGUAUCAUUUAUUCUUAUCAAUAAUUGCGCAAUUACCCGAACAAGGCAAGGGGGAUGGAAACAGCCCAUACGACGUAUCGCUGUCUUUUCCAAAUCGAUAAAUUAAUAACUUCCUUCAAACGAUGCCGAAAAUUCAUUUUCCGUGGUGAUUGGCAUCGCGGAGGUUUAUUAACUGGAAAAUAUCAUUUUAUCGUAAUUUCUUUUUGUUUCACAAAAUUAUUCCAACUCUAUCAUUAAUUUUACUCACGUGGUAUCGGUUUGAAAAGUAGCGCGCAAAGCAUGACAACUGCAGUUAACGCUGCCAAACUCCGAAAUGUUCCUUCUAAUCCGAAAUGUCGAAGAAGAGUUUCCAUCAGAUAUGGUAUAAGCGUCGUAAAUAUGGAACUUCCAGCCGUGACAAUUCCAUUUACUAAUCCCAGAUAUUUUUUAAAAUAAUGCCCUAAUAUCACUAAGCUCGGUGUGUAAGCAAGACUCGCGCCGAGUCCAUACAUCACGCCAUAGGUCAUAUACAAUAAUUCUACCUAAAAUAGACGAUCAUAGAAAUCUCAAAACCGAAUUUGAAUGUAAUACAAUUUUUUAUUACAAGAUGAUGAGAUUUAUCCUAAUCAAGGAAGUUACCUUGUCGGAAAGCAUUGAAGAAAGAAGCAUACCACUCGACGCUAUUGCACCUCCUAAAAAUGUGGUCAUCUGAAUACCGAUUUUAUCAGUGAGGAUACCAGCGAUUGGUGAUAAGAAAAAUGUUGUACCAAUGGUCAAUGAUCCGACUAGAGCUGUUAAAUAUAAGAAAAAAAAAUAUAUCCACGAAAUGUUUUAAAAUUA